GUCCCUUUCGACUUGGUUGUCAGUUUUCAAUUAAAGCAAUAGGGAAAUUCUUUUUUUUUUUUUAGACUUAAACAAAUUGAAAAGUUAUUUUUCGUCACGCACGGAAAGCAAAGGAAACACUCUCCGAUUCCGUUAAUAGAAUGGCUGCCACUCGCCGUCUGACCCGGGAGCUCACCGAUUUGAUUGGGGCCAAGAUGAGCACUCUGCGGGACAUCGAGAGCAGCGACGAUUCCCUGCUCAUGUGGACGGGUUUGUUGGUGCCGGAAAAGGCGCCGUACAACAAAGGCGCUUUCCGCAUCGAAAUCAGCUUCCCGCCACAGUAUCCCUUCAUGCCGCCCAAGAUCCUUUUUAAGACGAAGAUUUACCACCCCAAUGUGAACGAGAAGGGCGAGGUAUGCCUGCCGAUAAUCAGUACAGACAACUGGAAGCCGACUACGCGCACUGAGCAGGUCCUCCAGGCCCUGAUUGCCAUCGUCCACGACCCGGAGCCAGAGCAUCCGCUGCGCUCCGACCUGGCCGAAGAGUUCGUGAGGGACCACAAAAAAUUCUUGAAGGCCGCCGAGGAGUUCACCAAGAAGAACGCGGAGAAACGACCGGAGUAAGGUCAGCAGUUCACGUAAUUUGUAUAUCAAAAUUAAAUAAAGUUUAGGCCAUGAGUCACAGCCUGUCGCGCAUA